AUGCACGUCUCCACUCAAUCGGCGGCUAAGGGGGACAUCGCUGCGACUGUGGACAGGGGCGAGGAUGGCCCUUCCCUCGGGAGGCUGGCCUUGCUCGUGGGAGGUGAUGCAGCGGCGCUGCUGCUCUUUGCAGCCAUCGGACGCGCCAAUCAUGGCGAGAGCUUGGACCCUGCGUCGGUGCUCUCUGUUGCCUGGCCGUUCCUUGUGGGCUGGUUUGGGAGCGCAGCACUGCUCGGGGGAUUUGGCAAGGAAGCACAGGGAGGCCGCACAGGGCCUGCAGCCAUCACUGCAGCUAAAUGCUGGGCACUUGGAACGACGGUGGGCGUAGCGCUGCGGUCUUUGUCACGAGGCUACUUUCCAGACAAGGCGUUUGUGAUUGUCUCCUUCGCCGUGACAGCUGUGUUUCUGAUUGGUUGGCGCUCCGCCUUGGCUGCCGCCACACCAGAGCAGCUCAAGUAA